GGUCAUAGAGUUGUCCAUUCCACCGAGACCCGAAACGCCCGCUCGAAAGUAAUUAAAGCUUCAUACAAAAAGACCAAACUUUACGUCGCUAUCAUUUCAAGAUAACAAUCAGGAUGACCAGAAUAAUGAUCAACCCGAUGAUGGUCAUCAUACUCCAAUUAUCGCCCGCCUUGCGUCGAAUUCGGUCCAGCCUCCGUCGCGCUCCGGUGAGUCGGUUCUGAUGACGCUCAACAUCACCGUCCAUGCCGUCCAACAGCUCAACGUGGCCAUCGAGCUCAUCUCCAAUUUGGAUACUCAGCUGGUGCUGGCGUCCAAUAGACUCUCCUAACUGAUCGAGUUGAUCAUCCUGUUCACGCAUCACACGAUCAUGGUGGAGAUAGAUCUCCUCGUUGGACAUGUUGGAUUGGUCAACGCCCGGCGGCGAUGGCUCGUCGCGGUAGGGCCGGAAGAGAUUCUGGCGAUUCCGAUCCUCCUCUUGGUCGAUUUCUUCCUGGACGGCCGCAGCAGCCGCCGAGUUGUCCAUGAACCGUACUGAUUUGGAGGGGGGAUGUUGUGGAACGGGUUGUUUGAGAUCGGGCGACGUCGCGGACCGAUGCACAGAGUCCGGUGUCGGGUCUUGGCUGGAGGGGGCACCAUCUGUGCCAUAGAACUGGGAGGAGAGGUCUUGGAGUUGCUCGUGGAGGGGGCCAAGCUGGUCUUUCAAGGCGGCAGCGCCUGCGCUGUCGUUGGACUCUGUCAGCCGUGCCUGUUCGGCUUCUACGGCCUGGAUGCCCGCUUGGAGGGACUCGAGUGACCGAGAGAUCUCUCCGUCUUGCGCAUUGGGUUCAAGGUCGAGUGAAAUGGCGCGCUCUCGCUCUAGGAGGGAGAGCUUGAUAUGAUCGGCUAGGAGGAAGAGCUGGGAUGGGUUCGUCAUGGUGGUGGUGGUGUCAGGCGGACGGCGGGGAGGCAAGUCUGUCGUGAAAGGGGCGAAUUAAGAGAUGUCGGGAUGCUGUGGGAAAAGGAUAGGGUGUAGACACUAUCAGAAGGAUUGCUGGCAGCACAGGGGACGCUGAUUGUUGAAGGUAAGACAACAGUCGCAGCUGAGGUCCAGGCAGUAGUGGAUAUCCAAGCACCAGGGAAACCCCCGACUUGCCCAUGCCCGGAUCUGCUGCGUACCCGCCCGCUUUCCGCCUUUGCCUCUGCCUUUCCCCCUCCGCAAUCCCACCUUCUUCAUUCCCCUCAAUACUUCCUCCAUACCUUCUUUCUGAAACUAUCGUUGCUACCGUUAGAAUUACCGGGCGAUUCAUUCCCUAUUGAAUGAUCCACAUUUGAUCCUCGCCCUGAGGGGGUCCUGCGUACCUUGUGAUCGACCUCGCAACAAAAUCGGAGUAAAACCCGCUUAAACGCCCUCGGAAUCCUUUGCAUGGGCCUUACCCAAGGCUUACAGUUCUGUGCACCAUGGACAUUCAAGACUUCCUGGCUAUGGAGGCCAGCUCCGACCGCGACGACUUGGUCGACCUUCGCGCCCUUGAUAUUGUCUCCCGCUACGAUUCACAUCUGAUGUGCCCGAUUUGCCACUGCCCCUUCGUACAGCCUGUACGACUACAAUGCGAUCACGUUUUUUGCCAAAAGUGCUUGGGAUCGGCCAUCACCACCUUCCGCUCGGCCGAUUCGGACGAGUUCCCGUGUCCCUCUUGCCGAACCCCCACCACCCGAAUAUCGACCAGCGUACCCCGCUUAUUGGUCAACAUGUGCGAUGAGAUUCAAGUCCGGUGUCCGAUGGUAGGAGAAGGCUGCAGUGAGAUUGUCCCGCGAGGUCAUGUCCAGUCGCAUGUGGAGAAAUACUGCGGCUAUCGGAUUGUCCCUUGUCCGGAUGAAUCGUGCGGAAAAAAGACCCGGAAAAUGGAUCUCCAGCCGGAAGAACGUUGUAUGCAUAGCUAUUGUCGCUGCGAACGCUGCAACGAGGAUGUGAUGGAGCAGGAUUUUGCCGAACAUGACAGAGAGCUCUGCCCUAGCCUCGAAGCGACUUGCGACGAUUGUGGAAAUAUUGUCCGACGGCGGUCAUUAAAGAAACACAUCGAGACCUGCCCAGACGUUGUGAGCGCCUGCGCGGCAUCUCAAUAUGGGUGCUCGGUCAAGGUCCGACGUGCUGAUAUGGCGACGCACGAACAGCAGUGCCCAUUGGUCUCAAUAGGACCGUAUCUCGAGGCGCAAAAUACACGACUCAACUCUCUGGAGUUAACUAUGCGACAUCUCCAACAACGCAAUGAGAUCUUCGAGGACGGAAUGGCCAAUAUUAAAUCCACCCUUCUUGAGUCCGCGCGAGUGAGCGGCAGCGAUCGGAACGGUGGGAGAUCCGCCACCAAUGGAGAUAGAGACCGACAGUCUCGCAACGACGCGGACGAAUCUGCAGACACCGCAAAUUCAUUCUCAUCCCACACGACUGAAUAUCUUCUCUCGUUACACGAGUCUCUCCGUGAAGAAGUUGCUCAAAUGUCGCACGCUCUUACAGACCUCGACGCCCGUGCCAGCAUGACAAUCAUGAAUGAGUGUCUCCGUAUCAAGGAAGACAUGGCCCACACCAACGCUGCCCUCAACAGCGUGCGCAUGCAGGUACAAUGGCUCAUGAAUCCUCGGCUCCACAAUGGGACUCGUACGAAUGGGAUGCGCACCAACGCAGCUAGUAACGAAACCACUCGGACGCAAUUCACCUCCACGUCCGCGCCGGGCCCGAGUGGUGGCGCCGGUGCAUCACUGGGACCGCUCCGACCUCGACGACCUAGUGACAGCGGGCGUGAGGGAACUAAGCUGUGAAUGGGAAGCAAUCCAAUCUGUGUUUAGCGCGUUGCAUUUCUCCAGGCUGGAAUAUGGAGAGGGAGUAUUGGGUUUGUCUUUCUAUCUUAUGUAUCUCAUAACUGAUGAUGACUGGGCUGGCCUGUCUCAUGCCGGGAUUAUCGGGUACUUUGGUUCUUGAUACUUAUCAUAGCUUUAUCUUGGUCCUUCUAGGACCGAGAAUUUGGGGAGUAAUGAAUGACUAUAAUUAUGACCUGCUCCGAGCGA